AUGGCCAAUCCUCAGUCCGAGGACCCAUUCCUCGAAGUCCAAACGGACGUGUUGUCAACUCUUCAGUCAACUCGCCACCUCUUCUCCUCAUAUCUCCGAAUCCGCACGCUCUCGACGUCGGCCGCAUCGCCCGAACUCCAGCAAUCCCGUGCCGACCUACAAGCGAACCUCGAAGCUCUGACGGCCGACCUUGCAGACCUGCUCGAGUCUGUAUCGGCCGCAGAAACCGACCCUUACCGAUUUGGUCUAGACGUCGCAGAAGUCCAACGACGGAGACAGUUCGUCAAGGAUGUCGGCGAUGAGGUCGAGGGCAUGCGCCGCGAGCUCGAGGGUGUUACUGCAGACUCCCAUAUCGCCGGACCUACUUCUGCGACAUCGGGCAGGCUCCCUGCCCCGACGGCCUUUGAGGAUGACGCCGAUUCCGACGAUGGAAAUGACCCUUACGGUGCGUUCGAGGCGCAGCAACAGGCUACCAUCAUGGCCGAACAGGACGAACAGCUCGACGGGGUCUUCCAGACGGUUGGCGUUCUCCGUAGCCAGGCGGAGGAUAUGGGCCGGGAGCUAGAAGAGCAGGGUCAUUUACUGGACGAAGUUGACACACUGGCUGACCGCGUUGGCGGAAAACUAAGCGUUGGAGUCAAGAAGGUGGGCGAGGUUAUCAGAAAGAACGAGGAGAGUGUCAGCAGUUGCUGCAUUGGAGUGUUGAUCAUCGUCUUGAUCAUCUUGUUGGUCUUGGUCAUUGCACUUUGA